AUGAUAAAGCGUUUUGUCUUUCAGCCUCCAGGUCCAUUACCGUCAAUAGAUUUAAUGAGACGUUGGAAUUUGAUGUCUAUUGCAAGUGAGGGAGAAGCAAAUAUUUACUAUAUACACAUCCGGUGUCCUGCAUCAGCAGUUACUGUUGCAGAAAGAGAAGAAACCCUUACUAUUCUUUAUAGUCAUGGUAAUGCAGAAGACUUGGGUUCAUGCCAUGAGGGGUUACGACUUCUCUCACAUGCAAUUGGUGUUGAUAUUAUUGUAUAUGACUACUGUGGCUAUGGUUUUUCCAAGGCGGAGGGUAGAUGCGCUCCAACCGAAAAAAGUGUUUACAAGGAUGCAGAUGUCAUGUAUACUGAACUAACAGAACGUUUACAUAUUUCUCCACAUCGUAUUAUUCUUAUGGGUCGUUCAAUGGGAGGAGGACCUGCCUGCUAUUUGGCGCAGAAACAUCAUUCCAGCAUUGGUGGACUUAUUCUGUUGUCAACUUUCACCUCAUGUUUGGGAGCUGUGAGGUGUUCCUUUUUGAGGUAUUUGUUUGUUAAAGAUAUGUUUCCCAAUAAAAAGUUUCUUAAAAAAGUAAAUGAUUGCCCAGUACUUUUAUUACAUGGGAAAAAAGAUGAGGUGGUGUCAUUUAGCUGUGCCGAAAAAUUGUUAAAAACGGUUAAAAAAGCACAACGAGUUCGUAAGAAUGAAUCAAACGUAUAUCACCAUUGGUUUGAUGAGUGCAAACAUAAUGAUAUCGAAAUUAAAAGUCUAGAUAAAUUGAUAAAUGUGAUUUCACUUUUUACAAAUUCUGUUUCUGGUUACCGUAGUACAAGGGAACCUGUCAGCUGA